CCGGCCGCUGCCGAGCGGCCGCCGCCAUGAUGCCGGCCCUGGCCGCCCAGCGGCGGGGCUGCCGCGGCCUCUACCGCCUGUACCUGCGGUGCCAGGCGGCGCCGCGGCCCCGCGCCUGCCACGGAUGGCAAGUUUCAAUGAAAAGUGGGAGCCUGUCUUAUAUUCUACCAUGUAAUCGCCUGCCUGUGCAGUUGAUGAGCCAAGUGAGAGUUUAUACCUCCAAUGGUCAGAAGAAGGAUCUUGGAUCAGAAGAUGCAAAUGGAUCAGCUCAUGGAGAAACCCUGCAUAAAGUUGAAACAGGACAAGAUACAGGCAAUGCAGGCCAAAAGCAGUCUUCACCUAAACAGCCGAUCCAAGUAAAAGUGAAAGCAGUCCUUAAAAAAAGAGAAUAUGGACCAAAAUACACACAGAAUAACUUCAUCACUGGAGUCAGAGCAAUAAAUGAGUUCUGUCUUAAAUCAAGUGAUUUAGACCAGCUGAGAAAAAUUAAACGACGAAGUCCCCAUGAUGACACUGAGACUUUCACGGUGUACCUGAGAUCGGAUGUAGAGGCGAAAUCUCUUGAAGUCUGGGGUAGUCCGGAGGCUCUUGCCAGAGAAAGAAAGCGACGUAAAGAGGCAGAGAUCAAGUACAGAGAAAAUUUGUUUAGAAACCAAAAGCUGUUGUGGGAAUACAAGGAGUUCUUUGGAAAUACUAAGCCACGCUCCAGUACAGCAGCUAUGUUUUUCAAGGGACCAGGGAAGGUGGUAAUGGUAGCUAUUUGCAUAAAUGGGUUGAAUUUUUUCUUUAAGCUACUUGCCUGGGUUUACACGGGUUCUGCAAGUAUGUUUUCAGAAGCCAUACAUUCUUUAGCAGACACAUGUAACCAGGCCUUGCUAGCUUUGGGCAUCAGUCAGUCUGCAAGGACACCUGACCCUAGUCAUCCGUAUGGUUUCACAAAUAUGCGCUAUAUUGCCUCCCUGAUUAGUGGAGUAGGCAUUUUCAUGAUGGGUGCAGGACUUUCUUGGUAUCAUGGGAUCAUAGGUUUACUCCACCCUCAUCCUGUAGAAUCUCUUCUCUGGGCAUACUGCAUUUUAGCAGGGUCAUUGGUAUCUGAAGGAGCCACCCUGCUUGUUGCUAUAAAUGAAAUUCGGAGGAGUGCUCGAGCCAAGGGUCUUUCAUUUUAUCAGUAUGUUGUGCAGAGUCGUGAUCCUAGUACCAAUGUGGUGUUACUGGAGGAUGCUGCAGCAGUUCUGAGCGUGGCUGUAGCUGCUACCUGUAUGGGUCUGACUUCUUUAACAGGAAACCCGUAUUAUGACAGUGUGGGGUCGCUAGGUGUUGGGACUUUGUUAGGAACUGUGUCAGCGUUUCUAAUCUACACUAACACUGAAGCCCUGCUGGGACGAUCCAUUGAACCUGAACAACUGCAGCGGCUCACCGAGUUACUAGAAAGUGAUCCUGUAGUAAGAGCAAUUCAUGAUGUGAAAGCCACAGACAUGGGAAUGAGCAAAGUGAGGUUCAAAGCAGAAGUAGACUUUGAUGGACGUGUUGUUACUCGGUCUUACCUGGAAAAACAAGACAUCGAACAGCUCCUACAAGAAAUUCAGCAAGUGAAAACCCUUGAAGAAUUAGAAGCCUUUAUGCUUAAGCAUGGUGAGAAUAUCAUUGACAUGCUGGGUGCUGAAGUAGACAGGCUUGAAAAGGACCUGAAGCAACGAAACCCUGAUGUUCGUCAUGUGGAUUUGGAGAUACUGUAGACUUGAGCAGGAGAAAUCUUCAGGUUGCUCCCCUUGUGGAAAGAAGUCCCAUGAAGGGCUGACAAGCUUCUGAGAUUGCAGUGGCCUCAGCACCAUACCUCGCUUCCUUUGCCGUAGGCUUCCUGGACUGUUAGCACUGCUUCUGUUUCUGGAAGAGCGCUAAACUUGCAGACAAAAAUUUCCAUGGCAAAAUCAGUUUCAAAAAGCUACUUGAGUUAAAUUCUACAGGAGAGUCUGUCCAAGUAUAUUUACUGUGAUCCAGAACUUAAAACUUGAGGUUCAGUUAGGCAGAUAACAGCUGCCUGAAACGAUACAACCCACAGUUUUUCCAUUUGUGUCCCUUCGCAGUCUGUUUGCACUUCUUUAGUUUCUUUCAAGAUAUCAUAAAGGUUCUUGGGAGAUAUUAAGAUUAGAUAGGAAGAGUUUGUUCCGGUGGAACCUGCCAACCUUAAAUUGUAAUAUUUCAACUGUGUGAUUGUUUCACAGUUUUUCUUUUCUAUGAGAUAAAUUGUUUCAAGUGGGCACUGGGCUUAUCUCAAGUACCAUGACCUGGAAACCUGCUUUUUGCCACCAUUAUGAUUACAACUGCACUUCAGGAAAACAAGGCUUUUCACCUUAGAGGAGCCAGCUGUAUGGGUUUAGCCAGAGUACAUUAAAUUACUGUGAAAAAUUACUGCAUACAAAUUUCGGUGCACUUCAGCUCUUUAAUUUUUUUUUUCUUUUUUUUCCCUACUUUAAUCCUUGUUUUCUUAUUUGUAAAUAUCUUCAGAUGUAAUCUGGCAGAUAUUUAUGGUAGUGCUUAUUAAAAGUUACCUGGCAUUGUUGGCUUUUUAUAUUUUAACUCUUUUGCCAGAUAUGGUCUUUGCUAGAAGAUGCGAGAGAUGUAGCUGGAAUAUAUUAUAGUAAAAAAUGAUUUAUUUAUAAUUAAACAAAUGAAUACAUUGUAUUUUUAAUUUAUUUGCCUUUAGGUAUUACCUGAAUUCAAAACCACUUACUCUGAAUUUUUUGAUAACUUGACCUUGCUUGUUUGGGAAAGUAGAGUAAUUCUAUCAGUGGUCCUCAACAAUCCAGAGAUAAGUGAUUAGUUUAUAACUUUGAAAUGUGAAAUUCUAGAACUGUGUACAAUUAUCUCAAGGCUUUCUGCAGUAGCUACUCAAGUUGUACCAGAUUCUUUGAGACCCAGCCUUUAUUAAUAAGGCCAUGAGUACUGAACAUGCAAGUUGAAAUAUAAAUGAAAUAACCAUACUUAAAUAGCACUGAGGAAAAUUCUUUAUGCACUUUAAUGUAAAAUAAGAUUUGAUCGUGGGUGACAGGUGGUAAUAAGACCAUCCCAGUAACUCAGUUGCUGAAUAAUGGCUGAAUUGCUGAAAGAAGAAAUGUUGAUAAGAAAUACAAGUCUUCAAAAAUCAAUGUAUUGCAGCAAAUAAUUGUGGAGACCAAUGUGUCCAGAUCUGACUAAAAGCAUUUUAGAAUUUUUUUUUUCUCAUACUAGGUGUCACUUACCAGUGAACAAUGAGAAUUUAGAAUAACAUGCCUUUUUGACAACUGCAAAGCACUUUGCAAGCUGGUCAUUUUAAGUAGAAAAACAUUCCAGAGUUCAGUUACAGAUGGGGCUUCACAUACAGGUAAUUGUGGGUGAAAGGAUCUCCUCGGUACCCUUUUCUAUAGUCCCUAUUCACUGGUGGCUUCUUUAUAGCAUAUUACAUUACUAUAGCUAAUUCAAAAGAAGGCUUACUUUAUCUGGUUUUCUCAUAUUGUAAAACUAGUUAGUAUAUUUAGGCCUGAUGAUUUAAAAUGAAGUUUAAAGGUAACUUGGAACUCUUCCAUAUCAAACAAAUAAGGCAUAUUUUAGUACGUUAUAAAUAAUUUACCUUUCUCCUCGCCCUUCUAUGUAAAAUUCAUCUCAUCUCAGUAUGCACUCUCCUGGUAUUAGCCUUAUUCAUGAAGAGCACUGGAAGCUGGUAACCCAUAACAUGUUUUCUUCUCCCUAGAAUAUUUAUAUGGAUUUUGAAUUUGAAUAAACGCAUUAAUAAACCAAUUAUUUCAGAAAUCAAAAACCUGAAGAGAGGUAAAACUGGGAAAAUGUUCUUCCUGCAGAGAUUAGACAGCCAAUGUUAUCCAAGUGGUUUGCAUGCUGGAGUUAUUGGUGAAUGAAUGGUGUCAGUGUGCACUUUGCAGGACACAACUUUCCCUGCAAGGUUAGUAAAUGUUAUCUCAAUAGCAAAGUGUUCCUGUAUCAUUUUCAAGAGGAGGUAUGAGCUUAUAUUCUUACAGGACAUCUGCUCCAAAUACCUAUAAAAAUGGUUUCUAAUUGAUUGGAGAUGUAAUUCAUCUGAAUUCUGAUUUUAGUUUCCUUAUUUAAAAUACCCAUCCACACCUUUUGUUUAUAUUCCAAGAUAGAAUCAAGUUCCUUGUCUCCCAGUUACUUUACUGAAUAUAGCAUCACAAUAUGUUAAAUUCAAGAUGCCAGGACUUGAGUGUUUUGGGGUGCAUUACUGUUGACCAGUCUGAGGACCCAGUUCCGCUUUCUAAAGUGACCUGGAUGGUGAUGUACUACAAAAAGGCAGGCAGACUGGUUUUGGCAGUACCUUGUAAGUUUACAUGUCAGGCAGUUGGAUAAAGUACUGAUUCACUGAGCCUGCCGCGUUGGAAAGGAAUAGUAAUUCCAAGCUGUUACAUUUUAAUUUAAAAUUUGCAAAAUGUUUUUAACAGAUAUGACAUUUUUACUAUUUUUUUUAAACUGUGUUUAUAGUCAAAACCUUGAGGUAAUGUGGGUCCACUACUUAGUUUACUUUUGUUUUAAUGUUUUUGGGGAAAAUAAUUAGCUAAUACAUUUAGAUUUACAUGACAGAGUCCUCAGAUUAAAGAACUGUACAUGUGUGGAGGAGUGAAUUUUUCUUUUUUCACAAAUGCAAUCACAGGAUCAUUUUUUUAACUGAUUUUAAGGAAAAAUAGUGAGGAUUUACCUAACAAUAAAGCUAUAUUCUAGGAUUUUUUCAAUUAAGGUGUGGUGUUUUAAAAUAAUCUAUUUCUGUAGAUUGGCCUUGCAGGUUCUAUUUUUUUCAAAUUGUGUUCAAAAUAUGGCUGUCCUCUCUGCUUUGUGGAACAUUUCUCACAUGCUGCGCAGUGACUCAUAAUUCUGUAAAAUUUGCAAUGUUUGAAAAAUGUGUCUUAGUGUUUCAAUAUACUGAAUGAUCUUAAUGUAUUUUAAGUCCAAGUUGACUGGAUAUUAAUAAUACCUUUUUCUGUUGAAUAUUUAUCUGUAAAAGAUAAAAUUUUGAAGUGAUUAUCUUUCCCCCAGCAAUGAACUUCAAGUCUAAAUUGUCUCCAUUAUCCACUGAAAUUCAGCAUUUGAUGUGGUGUCCCUUUCCCCCUGCAUUUUUAAAGCAUUUAUUAAGGAUACAGUGAUAGCAGUAAAUACCCCAGUGGAUUACCAUAUUACAGGGGCUGUUUGGUGGUUUGUGUUAUGGUCCAGAAGUAGUGGGAGAAACACAUAUUUUAAGGAUAAGUUUGCAUCCUUUAUUCCUUGUGAAUCAUCCUUGAACCAAAAGCUUUUUAGACUCUAUUUUUUUUCCCUUCCUUGAAUUCCCACACGGAUUUUCUUGCUUUAUUUUAAAGUGACUCUUACUUUUGGAGGAAGAAGCCAUUAUGAACAUUUUAAGUUUUUAAAAGCAGGGCUAAAUUCUACUCUUGAUCUGUGAAUUUUGUACUGUACUUCCUGUUCAUUAAUAGUUGAGAAUAGUGAUUACUGGUUUGAAAGCUACAAACCAUGUUAGCCAAAACAAAUUUUCUGAUUCUGUCAUGUGCAGCUUUUUCAGCUGUAUCUGGAGACUGAGUUUUUGAGAGGUUUCUACUGCCCCCUCUUUGAUAAAGGAGAGUACAGGAAUGUUUUUAGGUAUGUUUUGUCUAGGUUAUACAUUGAUUACAGUCUUAUGUCCUCUUUAUAAUUUUACCUGGUUUUUUUUCUGUAACAAAGGAAAAAAUAUAUAUUAUAGAAGUACCUCUAAUAGUGAUGAGUACAUCAAAUACAGUCUUCAUGCAAAGAGUUUUUGUGCCCUAGUCUGUUCAAAGUGUGGCAAUUCUUGAAAAUUGUCAAUGCAGUAAUCCUUUUUCUAAACUUGACUUAGAUGCUUUCCUUAUAGAGGAAACCAGAGCACCGUAUUGUUUAAGAUUCCUUUUACGUUCAUAUGUUCUUGAGGCAUUUUGGCAUGGUAGAACAACUGAUGAGUAUUGACUUCUGUACACAGCCUGCCCUUCUGCACAUACCUAAGGGCUUACAGAAGUGAAUAUAAAAUGACAGUGUGCUUUUUUCCUUCUAGCUUAAGUAUUGUGCUGCUUCUGUUCUUAUUGUUGGCUCUGAAUAGAGAGUACCACUAACACCUCUCUUGCAGUUUACCUUGCAGUUUAUGUGCAUAAUGUAAAUGAGAAAUUGGGAUGUACCAAAAAGAUUUUUUUCAAUAGAGGGUUUGCAUAGCUUAAGUAAUUCUUCCUUUCUUGUUAGUGAGACACAAAUCAUUAAGAUCAAAAGCAGAUGAUAUUACAUAAAAAAAGAAAUAGGAAUCGAGGCUUUAAAGCUCAGUAGUUCAAUUUUUGAAAUGUAUGUCCUUUGAGGAAAAUAAAGCAGAAGCUUUAAGUGGAUGUUGGGUCUACAGAAACUUCAGUCAGUCAGGCUUUGCUGAAGCAAAAGAAACUGAAAGUAUAUAAUAAAAAGAAAAGAAUACAAGGAAGGAAAAGACCCAAGAUGUUGAGCACUUGGAAAUUGGAAAGGAUGAAAAUCAUCUAAAAAACUUGUCCAGAAAUAAGAAGAAUGAUUGGAGAAGUAAAAAACAGUAAGAAAAUAUAUUGUAUCAGAAUGCACAAAACUAGGUAGGAUGAGGUUUUCUUUCUUUUACCGAUAUUCUGAUAGUUGGGUAAUUCCCCCAGCAAAAACUCAUAUUUUUUCCUGUAAUGAAAAUCAGAGGCUCUGUCUAACUCCUGAUACGGUGUUCAGCCUUACAGGUACAAACUUAUUUGUCCACUGAAAACUGCUAAGAAUUAUGUAACCUCAGUUGUUGGUGAUGUAUGUGUGUGGUAAGUGGAGGGUGAGUAAUGUUAUUUGUGGAAGUGAGAGCUGGAGUGAAUUAAAGAGAAAAUUAAUUGAUUCUUUUAGACAGAAGAUGACUGAAGCACCAUACUGAAUGUGCAGUGGAAAAAUAAGUGCUCUAAGGUCUACAGAAUUCUUGUAGUGGACUGUAGUUAUUGAUAAAUACAUUAGUCUGUAUUUUUCAGUUUGCUGAGACAUCGGUGGAUAAGCAAGAUUUCUAAUUAAAUCACAUUCUGAAAAGGAGAUAAAAUAUUCGAAAUGUAAUGUGAAAGGAUGUAUGUUUUUUAAUACCACAGACACUACAGUACAUACAAUAGGCAGAAAAUAUUCUGUAUUACAUAGGGUGCUUGUGGACAUUUUUUUUUCUUGUGUAAAUCAAAGCCACCAAUUAAAAUAAAAGGUUGUGGUCACUUUUUUUAAGUGUUACACUAACAGCGAGCCCAGUCAAAUUUUUGUAUAGCCAGCAUUCAUAGUUCUGUUCUGGGGAGGUGGUGCCUGUCAAAAUAGUGGAAUACAGGUCCAUAAUCUAGCAUAAGUUUGGGUUUUGUAAUAUAAAUUUAGGCUGUUUAAAAUUUUAGAGGUUGGGAUCAGCUGCUUCAAAUCUGAAGCCAGAAGAAAAAAGAAAGCAAUGAUGUAUAAAUGAUGUAAUAUAAAAGGGAUUUUGUAAGUUUCUCUUCAAAUUAAAUAUGCUGAAGAACUAUAUGAGAAGUGUUUGAAAAAUGUCUAAAGCGUUUGGAAAGCAUUUUGGCUAUUGCCAAGAUGGUAUUAAAUUUGAAAGCCAACAGCGAGGAUUUUUCACUCAUGGUAGAACUAGCAAUCUCAAAGUCAAAAUCUAUUUUUCCAUGCAGUCUUUUAAUCGGAUUCACCAGCCCCCACCCCGCACCUUGCAUUUUGGUGUAUUGGCUUUUUUGUUCUGUGUCUUGGUUACUCCAUAUUAGUAUGGGGAAGUCUUUUUGAUCUGUGAGCUGUAGACUCACUGAGUAUUGGAAUACUUACCUGAAUAUGUUCUUUGUUUUGUAAUUAUACUUGAAUUCAGUAUAUUCUGUAUCAUGUGUGGAAGUUGUAAUUAUUCAGUAAAAUGUUACAUAGCCAGUAAA